UAAACUGAACUAAUUGGUGCUGAACUGAACUGAAUUGAGCUGAUAUUAAGUAUACGUGAACAAGCCGUUACUUGAAAAAGAAAAAAAAGUAUUAACUCUUCUCCUCGUCCUGUUUCUCCAAAACGCCAUGUUUCCUUUCCUCAUUUCUGCAAACUUCACACCCACAAUUCCUCAAACACUUCCAUAAACCCUAAUUUUCCACCCCAAUUCCACCAUGGAAAUGGCGAAUUUCUCGAUUCUCUCUCCCCCAACCUACAAAGGAGCUUCUCCACGUUCCCUAAAACCCUCAAAUUACCCUUUCAAUUGCUCCUUCUACUCAAUUCAUCAUCACAUUAGGUUUUCGAAAUCAUCAACAAAAUCCAAAAGAAAAUCCUUCAAAAUCAGCUGUUCCAUUUCAUCAUCAUCAUCAUCAUCAUUGAAGGAUAAUUGCAGAAAUUCCGACGCUAAUUGUAAUGACAGCAUUACCGACGUUUGGGCUGAUUCUCAAUUUGUUGAAGUUAUUGGUAUUGGCAAUAGAGUUGAUUCUGUUCUUGAUUUUUGCAUCAGCUUCUCUUCGACUUCACAUUCUUUGAGAUUUUGGAAUGUUAUCAGAAGAGAUUCGUCGACAGGACAAUUACGUCAAAGGGUUCUUGAAAAAGAUGACUAUCCAAACACUGCAGAGGCACCACUAAACCAACAAUUACAUUCGAAGGCUGUUGUUCUUGUGGCAAGUGCAGGCUACGGUGAUGAUCAUGUCACGGCAAUUGAUACCCUUCGGGCGAUUAGAUCCAGUGGUGGGUUAGUUAUUGCUGUUAUAGUGAAGCCUUUUAGUUUUGAAGGCCAGAGACGCCAAGAUGAGGUCAAGAUUUUGGUAGACAAACUUCGGGAUUGUGUGAACUUCUGUGUUGAUAUUGACAUUGACACCUUGCUGAAGCUGGAUCUGGUCACUCUAGAUGAGGCUCUGAAGACUGCCUAUCAAGCUGUUUUGUCAGCCAUAAGUGCUGUUUCCAUUAUUGUAUCUGACACAUGCAAAAUGCACAUUCACUCUCUGCAUGAUAGCAUGACUCAAAUUACCAUUCGUGAAGUUAUAAAAGUCUUGGAGAACUAUAAGGAAGGAAGAAUUGGUUAUGGUGUUGGCCAUAAUGUCAAGGCUUCAAUUGUACAAGCUGUUUAUGAUUGCCCUUUCCUCUCGGUUGGACUUAAGGACCUUGAUGGAAUUGUAAUAUGUAUUCUUUCAAGUUCCUCAGCCAUUGCAGAUCAUGAUGUCGGUACUCUUUUGCGUACUUUUCGUGAAGCAACAAAGUGCACCAAAGAAGUCAUACUUUCCACAAUUAAAAAUCCUGAUAUGGAGCCUAACUCUAUAGAAACAACAGUUAUCACAGUGUGUGGUUCUGAAAGAAAGUCUCUUCAGAAUAGCAACAUUCUUUCUCGACUGGCAGAUAGCAUCCCCUUUGUUUUCAAUCUUUUGAGGAGGCAGGAAAUGCAGUCAGGAACUUCUGAGAAAAACGACCUUAGAGAAAAUAUGUUUCCUCCCACGAUGACAAACGUCAUGAAUGAGAUGCAUCUGGAUGAAGAUUAUGCUGAAAGGAAUUUUGAAGAUGGUGAAUCAGACAAGGUUCAGUAUCUAGAUUCUGAUGGCAAUACAUUCAAAAAUAUAGAGCAAAUUGAUCAAGCUCAAACUUUUGAAAGGCAGCUUUUUAUCAAUCGGAGCCUUAGGCCAGGUCAUAGAAUAUCUCAUGAGUGGCACGAGGAAGAGUUAAAUGUAUCUGGAGCUGAUCCUCUGGCUGAUAAUCCAAGAAUUUUUCAACUUCCUGUUGGUGUGAGACUUUCUACCGACUUACGAGACGUUUACGAUGAUUCAAAUUUAAGCCUGUCAGCAGAAAAAAAUAAUGAAGAAGUUCAAAUGCAAGCAUCCUCUGUAUCAAGUGUUCCGCCUCGGAAUGGAAUUACAGAUACGAGUUUUGAUGCAGUAACUGGCUUUUGGAAUAGUGCAUCAGUUCUGUUGAAAAGAAAACAGCCUAUUGCUUCUAAAAAGCAAGGAGUUCUUUCUGCUCGUGCUGCAUCAAUGCUGGAAUCAGAACGGGAUACUAAUACGAAAUGGUGUCCAGUGAUGGAGAUCCGGUACAGAGGAGGAAUCUACAAGGGUCGUUGCCAAGGUGGUCUUCCUGAAGGCAGGGGUCGUCUUACAUUUCUGGAUGGUACUGUCUAUGAUGGAAUAUGGCGAUAUGGGAAAAGGUCAGGAAUGGGCAGCUUGUUCUUCAGUAAUGGAGAUGUGUUCCAUGGAUCAUGGAGGGACGAUCUUAUGCAUGGCAAGGGCUGGCUUUACUUCCAUACCGGAGAACGAUGGUUUGCUAAUUUUUGGAAGGGGAGAGCCAAUGGUGAAGGCAGAUUCUAUUCUAAGUCUGGAGAGGUCUUCUUUGGCAAUUUCCAAGAUGGUUGGCGACAUGGUCAAUUUCUCUGUGUCAAAGUCGAUGGCACAAGGUUUGUUGAAAUUUGGGAUGAUGGCAUUCUUUUGAGCUCUGAGGAGUUGGAUACAUAAAUUUUUGUAAAGGUAGAAGUGAAGUUUUAAUCAUGCUUCUUAGUUGUCCUCUUCUCUCUUGCCCAUUUGUGUUUGCAUUUUUGUAGAGGUAUAAGACUGUAAUCUUAUAUAAAAAAAAAUGUCAAUUUAAGGAGCCACUUUGUGACUUGCAGCCUCUUUUAAAAAAAAAUGUAAUUAUGAAAUUUUCACGCACUUCACAUUUGUAAUUGUCAUAUCUUACUGAAAUCUGGUGAAUUUUUGGGGUCCAAAACCACAUUUUGAGGCCAAGAACACCAGAAAAAAUAUACGAGGUUUUAGGUGCAAGCAAAAUCCACUGAAUUCCAGUAAGAGCUGAUAAUAACAAAUGUGAAGUAUUUGGAAAUGCGAUAACUUACAACAUUUUUUCUAAAAAGUGAUACAAGUCGCAAAGUGACCUAUUGGAUAUUUGGAUGUGUUCUGUCCAAGGUAAUGAAUUCAGUUGGGUAUAUCAACUUAAGUGAUACUGAAAUUACAAGCUUGGGCUGUGAUCUAUGAUUAUCAUUCACAAGGAGCGUGAAGAUCAAUAUGAUUUCUUUACCUGUGUAAUAUGUAGUAUCUUAAUCUCGUGUAAAAUAUACUCUGUACUAGUUACUUUUUGUAUAUAAUUAUAUACUUCAAUCUUUCCGUUCUUGUACACUUGCUGAUGCCAAUGAGGUGAUGCAGCAUACUUUAACCCUUUCACUGUUUUAUGAUUUAAUAUACCGGAGUACAAACAACAAAGUACGAAGUA